UCAAAUGAGUGGGUGUUUACUCAGUCCGCAUAACUCCGUAAACGUAGUUUCAGCCCCACCCACUCGAAGCAACAAAAAUGAAGAAGACACUGAUGCUAUUUCUUUUUCUUUUAUUUUAUUUUACAAGGACAGGGAUUAAAGGAGAUAUUGUAAUAGCGUCUGGAGAAAGAGGAGUGCCAGUAGGAGAUGAUUUCAUCUUUAACUGCUCCACUUCUAAUGAAGAGGAGCCAUUAUACCUCACUAUCAAUGGAGAAUUUGAAGGAGACUAUUUUAAUAAAACAUCUUCAUCCACCAAAGGGCCAGGACACGUUACAUAUACUUACUCUAAUGCAGGACUCUCUGAUAAUGGACUGAUAUUCCAAUGUAUUACUAAUGAUAAUGAAGCCUCUGACGUAUUACCAUUGAUAAUAUACAUACCUCCAGUUUAUACACUGGGCUCUCAAUCCCUGGUAUUGUUCAACAGUACCAACAGCUGCAUCAGUAUAAACAUUCAAGCUAUACCUUAUCCUAAUAAUUAUUCAUGGACCCAUGGUAACGUCUCGUUAACAAUGACCACACCCUCGACUGGUAUAAGUACGACCCCACACAGUAUCUGUUUCAAUCCAGUACUAACUAGUUAUAAUGGUUCCUAUACACUGAGCGCUAGUAAUCCAGCUGGAAAUGGAAACAUAACAUUCAACUUAGAUAUAUAUUAUGGUCCAUCUUUCUCUGAUGGUGAUAAGUUAAUGGAGUUUCCUGUUCAUUCUAACGUUACUAUUGAGUGCCAAGUGAUAUUGGCUAAUCCCAAUUAUUAUAAUCUCUCACUGAACUAUUCAACAGCAGCUGGUCCUAACAGUAAUAAUACAAUAGUUACUAUUGAUGAGUCGUCUGGUCAGUUUAUUGUAACAAAUGCUACUAUUGAUAAUGGGGGGAACUACACUUGUACAGCAGCUGGGGAGUACAAUACCACUAGUGUAACAUAUUGGAUUUUUAUUGGAGGUCCUCCAUCAGUAGUUAUUAAUGAGGUCAAUAUUUCAAUUAAUAAUAAUAAUUUAUUAAUUGACGCUUCAGUCACUGAUAAUGGAUCUGCUCCUGCUUCUGGUCUUACGUUUAAUAUAACAAGUAACUAUAGCAACAGUAACUAUGGUAACACAGUCACAUUUGCCUCGCCUAUUGUUAAUGCCACAAGAUCACUUAAUGGACUAAUAGUGACACAAUAUGCUGAACUAUUAGAAUUACUUGGAGGUAGUGGUGAUUAUGAGCUAUACUUGACCAUAGGAGCUUUUAAUGACAUUGGAAUUAACAAUUAUUUAUAUAAUACAACUUUUACUGUACCAAUUUUUUCAUCUUCAUCUUCAUUUCCUUAUUCUUCAAUGGAGUUCACUAGUAGUAUAACCAGUAUUACCAGUAUGACCAGUUCUACGAGUAGUACAGUUAGUCCUACCAGUACCAGUACAACUGGUCAUACUAGUUUAACUACAUCUAUACAUCCAUCAUCAUCUCCAAUACCUCCUCACUCUUCAAGUAGUAUAGGAGGGAUUAUUGCAGCUGUUGUUAUAGUACCACUAGUCUUGCUUGUGGCUGUGGCUGUUUUUGUUACUAUAUUAAUCUGUAUCUUAAGGAGAAGGUCAAAGAGACUAUCAGUGUCCAGUCGUGAGUAUAACUAUGAACAGAUUGAUGAUGGGAGUUCUUAUGAGUCAUUCAUGGCAGAGCCUGACAAUGACUUUUAAUGAUUAACAUAAUUUUGUGUAUCUUUUUCUUUUAAAUUAUUUUUGUAAUUACAGUGCAUUAUUGUAUUUUUAUGUAUUAUAAUUAUUGCAUUCAAAAUUAAUUUUAAUUGCAGUAGAACCUCCUAUUGUGAAUACUCUAAAAUAAGGACACCUCUAUAAUCAGGACAGUAUUAUUACGCAUUUAAAACAGACAAGUUUUAACAGUGUUAUUGUUAUUAUUAUUAUC